UUGCUAACACCAUUUUCAUUAUCAUUUCAAAUCCUAAUCUUCUUAUCUACCCAUCAUUCCAUUUUUGUUUAACAAAUCCAUCCACCAUGCAUCAAUUCUUGCUUUGCUUUCUCAUGCUCUGCUUAUUCACUUCUUUCACUUCUGCUCAACAAAACUACUCAGAAAAUUCUGCACUAGACUGCAGUAGCAGUGAUGAGACAGGACCAUCUCCUGCAUUUCUCUACACUUGCAAUGGCCAAUACAGAUCUUGUGAGGCCUUUCUUAUAUUCAAAACUCAACCUUCUUAUAACUCGGUUCCUGCCAUCUCAUCACUUGCAUCUGCGAACCAGGAAGAAUUAGCAAGAAUCAAUAAUGUCACAAGACUAUCGAAGUUCCCUACCAACCAAGAGGUAAUAGUUCCUGUAUAUUGUUCUUGUUUAGACCAAUACUAUCAGGCCAACACUACAAUUCAUGUCUCAAGUGAUUAUCGGACUUAUCAUGUCAUAGCAAACCAAGUUUAUGAGGGAUUGUCUACCUGUGCUUCUCUUAAAAAAGCAAAUACAUAUGGUGAAUUUGAUUUGGGGCUUGGUCUGGAACUGCAAGUCCCGCUCCGAUGUGCUUGUCCUACUGGAAGGCAAAUUAAGAGUGGUAUAAAUUAUUUACUUACUUAUCCUAUUAGCUCUGGUGAUUACAUUGCCAUCAUUGCAAAAAGAUUCAAUGUAAGUGCAACGGCUAUAAUAGAUGCAAAUGGUUUGGAAGAAAGUUCAAUCCUUUAUGAAGGCACAACAAUUCUAAUACCUCUAGCCACUAAACCUACAAGUUCUCAGACCCUAAUUCAUAAAGACCCGCCUGAUAUUUCACCUACUUUGGCUGCUACUCCUGGAAAUAGAAAAUCCAAGAGAAAAAUUUAUGAAUGGAUCGGGAUUGCAGCAGCUUGUUCUUUCCUAUUCCUCAGUAUACUUUUAGCCAUUCUCAUAUAUAUUUAUAAAAAGAGAGCAAAUAAAUCUAGUGAGAUCAGGCGUGAAAUAAAACAGGUAUUGCCAGAAGAUCUUCGUGUUGAGAUUGCAAGUGUUGAGCAAGUUCUGAAGGUUUUUGGACUUAAGGAAGUAAAGAAAGCAACUGAAAAUUUCAGUUCGAAGAACAGAAUAAAAGGUUCUGUGUACUGGGGGCAGUUUGGUGGAGAGAUUUUAGCUGUUAAGAAGAUGAGUGGAGAUGUGUCUAAAGAAGUGAAGAUUUUGAAGAGGAUAAACCACUUCAAUUUGAUUAAGCUUCAAGGUGUUUGUGAAAAUCUAGGUUGUUUCUAUCUUGUUUUUGAAUAUAUGAAAAAUGGUUCAUUACAAGAGUGGCUCUCAGAUAAAAGAUUUCAAGAUAUUGGAAGCUGGAGUAAGAGGAUUCAGAUUGCUUUAGAUGUUGCUAAUGGUCUUUACUAUCUUCAUAGCUUUACAGAACCUGCCUGUGUGCACAAGGACAUCAACAGCAGCAACAUUUUACUAGACAGCAAUUUAAGGGCCAAGAUUGCGAAUUUCAGUCUUGCUAGAGCUGCAGCAAGGGGAACAACAGAUGCUGCCUUAACAAAACAUGUUGUGGGAACUAGAGGUUACAUGGCGCCUGAGUACGUUCAGGCAGGGCAGAUUACUCCCAAGAUUGAUGUCUAUGCUUUUGGCAUUGUGCUUCUGGAACUCGUAACGGGAAAAGAUGCAGUUUUUAUACAGGAUGGAAGGGAAAAUUUGCUUUCAACAGCAAUAAUUUCUAUCAUGGAGAAGGAAAAUGCAGAAGCUGAGCUGGCUUCAUUCAUUGAUCCUAGUUUCAGUGUAAGUCAUGAAAUAAAACUGGCUCUACACCUGGCUAGAGUAAGCUUAGCCUGCUUGACAAAUGACCCAGCAAGGAGACCAGGCAUGAGGGAAGUAGCAUCGACUCUGUUGAAAAUUCAGGUUGAAUUUGAGAAAUCAGAACCACUGAAAGUUGACUCUAUUAAUGUAGCAGUCCCAAAAUGGCUUUCGUCAGUGGGUGAUUGUAGAGCUGAUAUUUCAAAGUAGUCAGUAUUUGUAAAUAUUUCAAAAACCAAAACUCAGACUUUCGAUGCUCUUGUCA